AUGGAUUAAUUAACAACCAAAGUAGCAACAAGAGAUGACAUCCUCCUAUACUUGAAAAAUUGUGCCUAAAAUAGAAAUUCCAGAGUUGUUGCCAUGUAUAAUUCGCAUUUGGAUAUGCUUAUUGAAGGCAAUGACUAAGAUCUUAUGGUUUUUCCAAUUGACGAUAGACUUGCCAACAGAGCUCAUGGAGCUAUGGAAACUGGUAAUGUAAAAAACUACAGAAUCAGUUCGCUUGAUUUUCAUAUGAAUAGACUCUUUCGAUCAGCUGAAAUUAUUGGAUUAAAGAUUGAUCUCACAAAAGAAUAAAUCAAAAAUAAAAUACAUGAGAUGGCUUAUUUAGCAUAUAAAGUCUUGGAAAGAGAAAAUCAUCCCAAUUUAUAAGAUUAAAUAUUAGUUCUUAAAAUUUGGGUCUCUACCGGAAUUGGAGACUUUGAUAUCUAUGGAUGUAAUAAGAAAUCUAUUGUUUAUGCUGCUCUUUAUUUAAAUGGAAAUGUUGGGGACGACUCCGAUAAAGGAGUGAAAGAAUAUAUCCAUCUUGAUAUGUGGACCUAACCUAAUUACUUUUCGAAUGCCAAAACAGUAAACUAUUUGGAACUUGCAACAAUGGCAGACUAUUCAAAGGUUAGAGGAGGAUAUUUUGGAAUAAAAGUUGACCCCCAAGGAAACUUAUUGGAAGGAGCCAUUUCGAACGUUGCUUUCAUAACUAAAGACAAUACAUUUGGCUAUCCACCUCUGAGCAAAACAAUUAGAGGAAAUACUUUGAAUAAAGCUUUGAAAAUAGUAGAUAGCGAUUUGUUGCCAAAGAGUUCUGUUAAAGAAGUCAAAGAAGUUGAAUUGAACAUCAAGGAUAUUGAUCAAAUUGUGGAAUUAUUCCAUUUAAGUAACGAUCAUAUUAUUCCAAUCCUGAGUGUUAAUGAUUAACUUAUAGGAAAUGGGGAGGUCGGACCUGUUACUAAAUAUUUAUAGGAAAAGUUAGAAAUCGCAAGAGCAAGUGUCAAAUUGGAUACAUCUGGAGAUAUAAUCAAGGGAUUUGAGUCAUUAUAAUGAUAAUAAAUAAAAAAAUCAAUUGAUUAAUUAUUGAACAAGAA